UGGUGCCAGAAUUGGUGUCCCACACCCGGAGUCACCCUCUUCCACGGAGUGUUUCGAAGAUCCUUCUUCAUACGGUGGGUUGGCAGAAACGUGGGGAGAUGAACGUGUGAGGGGCGUCCAGAAUCCUUUUCCAGGACCCCAAGAUGGACGGAAACGAAGUUACCUCCACGCCACAGGCUUCCCAGGACCCCUAUUUCAUCCUUCUUUCUCCAUUUUCCUUUUUUACCCACACUAGACCUGUGUCCUUUGGAAUUCUUGCUCCGUCUCUCCGUCUCACUUCGGUUUCCCCAGCGACAGGCCUAAACCCAGCAGGUUUCAGCAUCACUCAUUCCCUCUCUCUCCCUCUCCCUCCUCCUCUCCAUCUCUCCUUCCUUCUCCUCCCCCUGCCCCCCCUUCCUCUCCCUCCCUCCGGUCUCCGCAUUUCCCUUCGGCGGUGGGCCCGCGGCUCUGGGCACCAUGCUCCGGCUCCUGCGGUUGUUGCUUUUGCUGCUGCUGCCUCCCCCGGGGUCCCCCGAGCCUUCCGAGCCUCCAGGUCUGGCCCAGUUGUCGCCCGGGGCGCCUCCUCAGGCCCCGGACUUGCUUUACGCGGACGGCCUGAGAGCCUACUCGGCCGGGGCUUGGGCGCCCGCAGUGGCUCUGCUGCGAGAGGCGCUGCGGAGCCGGGAAGUGCUGGGCCGCGCGCGCCAGGACUGCGGGGCGAGCUGCGCGGCCGAGCCGGGCGCCGCGCUCCCCGCCCAGAUCCUGGGAGCCCCGCAGCCUGUCUCGGGGCCCGGGGCCUGGGAACCCCUGCUCCUGCGCGCCACGCUCCGCCGCGCCGAGUGCCUGACCCAGUGCGCGGCGGGGAGGCUGGGCCCGGGGGGCGCGGCGCGGUUCCGCGUGGUGAGCGCGCUGCGGGAUGCCUUCCGCCGGCGGGAGCCCUACAACUACCUGCAGAGGGCCUACUACCAGUUGAAGAAGUUGGACCUGGCAGCUUCAGCAGCACACACCUUCUUUGUGGCGAACCCAACGCACUUGCAGAUGCGGGAAGACAUGGCUAAGUAUAGGAGAAUGUCUGCAAUACGACCCCAGAGUUUCCAGGACCUGGUGACGCCCCUGUAUUGGGCAGCUUAUGACACUGGCCUGGAGCUACUGAAGCAACAGGAAGCAGCUUUGGCUCUACCCAAACUAGAGGAGGCCCUCCAGGGGAGCCUGGCCCAGAUGGAGAGCUGUCGUGCUGGCUGUGAGGGACCUGAGGAGCACCAAGGGGCUGAAGAAGAGGAGGAGAAAGGGACCCAGGGGGGCCUGUAUGAAGCCAUUGCAGGACACUGGAUUCGGGUUCUGCAGUGCCGGCAGCACUGUGUAGCAGAGACAGCCACACGUCCUGGUCGCAGCUUCCCUGUCCGGGACUUCCUCCCAAGCCAGCUGAGACGGCUGCACGAGGCCUAUGCUCAGGUGGGGAAUGUGUCUCAGGCCGUGGAAAAUGUCCUGAGCGUCCUGCUCUUCUAUCCAGAGGAUGAGGCUGCCAAAAGGGCUCUGAACCAGUACCAAACUCAGCUGGGAGAGCUGAGACCUGACCUGGGACCACGAGAGGACGUCCAGCGUUUCAUCCUUCGCUCCCUCGGGGAGAAGAGACAGCUAUAUUACGCCAUGGAGCAUCUGGGCACCAGCUUCAAGGACCCGGAUUCUUGGACCCCAGAGGCUUUCAUCCCUAAAGCACUGAGAGAGAAGCUCAGAGAGGAUCAAGAGAAGAAGCCCUGGGACAGUGAGCCGCCACAGCAGAAGCCCCCGACUUACUGGAAGGAUGCCCUUCUCCUGGAGGGUGUGACUCUCACCCAGGAUGCCCAGCAGCUGAAUGGAUCCGAGCGGGCUGUGUUAGAUGGGCUGCUAACUCCAGCCGAGUGUGGGCUUCUACUGCAGCUGGCCAAGGAUGCAGCUGAGGCUGGAGCCAGGUCAGGCUACCGUGGGCGCCGCUCCCCUCAUAGUCCUCACGAACGGUUUGAGGGACUCACGGUGCUCAAGGCUGCUCAGCUGGCCCGGGCUGGGACGGUGGGCAGGCCAGGCGCUAAGCUGCUUCUGGAGGUGAGUGAGCGAGUACGCACCUUGACCCAGGCCUACUUCUCCCCGGAACGGCCACUGCAUCUUUCUUUCACGCACCUGGUGUGUAGAAGUGCCAUAGAAGGUGAGCAAGAACAGCGUAUGGACCUGAGUCACCCGGUUCACGCAGACAACUGCUUCCUGGACCCUGACACCGGGGAAUGCUGGCGGGAGCCCCCAGCCUACACCUAUCGAGACUAUAGUGGACUCCUCUACCUCAAUGAUGACUUCAAGGGAGGCGACCUGUUCUUCACGCAGCCCAACGCCCUCACUGUCACGGAGUGGACAGAAGCCAAAGAGCUGUUGCGGGAGGAAGAGGAGGAGGAAGAGGAAAAUGAGGAAGAGGAAGAAAUCCUGAGUAGAGACCCUUCCCCAGAACCCCCAAGUCACAAGCUUCAGCGGGUCCAAGACAAAGCCGGGAAACCACUCCGGGUCCGAGAGGAACUGUGAACGGCCAGCUUCUUUGGAUAUGGCCACUCAGCUUGGGAAGAGACCAAUGAGAAUGCCCUGAUGACAUUGGGGACAUAGUAGCAUGCCGAGUCUACCAUCUCGGGGACCUACAAGGGCCACCAAACCCUGGCCUCACAAGCUUGCAACACAGACUCAGCCUAGAGAACAUCAGGCCUUGGGAGCUAGGGCUGGCCCCGACUGCGGGGCCUGCAAACUCCCUAGGACAGGCAAAGAUCACUGUGCCUCUCUGAAGGGCAUGGCGAGGAUUGAGGGCCAAGUGCUUCUCAUAAGAAACACACAGAGAGGAAAGACAGUCUCACCUUCUCCCAACCUGUGCAAUAAAGGAUGUGACUACCCA